AUGGCGAGAGGAUUUCAGCUCCUGUACGCACACCACGUGGAAUGGGGACCAAUUGCAGCUAUAUUUUCUACUUUUCGCGCCUCCUGUGAUCUUCCCCGACUGAGACCAUACCCGACGCCCGACGGCCGUCUGUGUUCAUGUCUUUCAUUGCAAGCUCUGGGCCAGAGCUUCCUGAUCACCCAACCUGAAGCAGUCCAAGGGCGAAGGCCUCCAGCGCAUAUAGACUCAAUCUCCAGCACCACUAAUUCGUUUGUGAAGCACUGCCUCAAGCUUCGCCAGAGCUCCAAGUACCGUUACUCCUCAGCCUCUGCCAUCGUCAUCCGAUUGACGCCCAUCAGAGAAAUUUUUAUGUUCCAUGGGAUAAAGAACAAGGAAAGAGAUAUAUUGGAUUGUCUUCUUCUUCUGGAUGAUGCUGGAAUACCAACAGAGUUUGUAGAGGCUUUUGAUCGUUUGGUUAAUCUUAGCGCUGGUGUAAUGAGAAAAAUUGCUGGUGUUCAAUCCAUGGAAUCCACUAAAGCUGCGGCUUUUUUGAGGAUACCUACUAGUUUCUGUGACAUUCACAACAAUGAAGGCGGUUCUGCUUUCCAAAUGUUAUUUCCAACAUUAAACAGAUUGGUGGUCUUGGAUGGUAUUCAGGACCCUGGAAAUCUUGGCACGUUAUUGAGAACUGCCAUGGCUUUUGGUUGGGAUGGAGUGUUUUUGCUUCCUGGUUGCUGUGAUCCAUUCAAUGAUAAAGCCAUCCGUGCAUCGAGGGGAUCGUGUUUUCAAAUUCCAAUAGUUUCUGGAGAUUGGGUGCAUUUGGAGUCACUGAAAACCUCGGUUUCACUCUCUCCUGAGUUUAAGUUCAUUUGGGAGGAUAAACCUUUGGCUUUAGUUGUAGGAAGUGAAGGACAUGGACUGUCGGAGGAAUCAAAGACUGUUUGUGAAUUGAUAAGCAUUCCCAUGGCAGGGGGUUAUGAAUCCCUAAAUGUCUCUGUUGCAGGUGGAAUUUUCCUCUUCAUGUUGCAAGCUAGGAAGCAUAGAACUUGCUAAUGUUUGGAAAAAAUAUGAAUGCUGGUGACCAAUGCGUUCUUGCUGUGAAAAUUUUCCCGCUGGCAUAAGUUUCAGAAAGUUUAGGCAAUGCUUGGCAUCUAAUGGAUGCAACAGCCUUCUAGUGGCUUACAGUCUCAAUGGGUUAGGGCGGUCAACCACUGGUAUCUAGCCUCUUGUGCAAGUCAGUCGCAGCCCUGAAGCCUGAGCCAAAGGGAGAAGGGUGUGCUUGUCGAUUGCUCCCUCUGUUUUGCAAGCUGCUAAAAAUGGCUUCAUGUUUUAUCCAACUCUUGGUCGAGCGACUGCCGAACACUUGCGUUUGGCUGGUCCCUUCUUUGCUUUGUGAUUUCUUAAAUGUGUCUUUAAAGCUAGGGAUAUAAUAGAGCUGACUUUGGACUUCGAAGUUGAAGAAGGUGAUAAGCCUGCUUAAAUUCCAAACCUAUAUGUAAUUUGCUUGUUUAA